AAUCCAUCAGCCGCAAGCUGAAGCCCCACGCGGACAAGAAAUAAAGAAUCACAUUCUUCCCACCAAAAUCUCACAUUUGCGUUGGUGUGUCCACCUAGCGUCUCCUCUCUGCCGAGGCGGACAAGGGGGUACGGGCACUCCCAUAUUAGACAGGGCGAUAGAGUAAAGACUGUAUUUAGGGAGGCUUAUUUCACCGAUGGCGGUCUUACUGAUAUCUUGAAGGAUAGCGAGGCCAAAGAUAUUGUUACGUAGGGAGCUGAAGCCGGAUAUUACGAUGAAAUAGCAGACAUAGUAAAAACGCGAGCAUGAAUUAAUGUCAACCUUUGCUACAACAAUGCGUCCUGGAUUAAUGUAGAAGACUGUGCGAUUCGCUGGUUGAUUGCUUUCUUCGGGUCAAUUAUACAGAGACGAUCAAAUUAAAAAGUGUCUAUACAUGGCGAUGUUGGCAGCCCUGCGACAAUGACUAUAUAUAAAUUGUGUUAACAUUUCCCUCACAACCUCGCGAUAAAACAUGUCAAAUGCAGCCACAACCCUUCAUUUAGGCGUGUCUGGUACAGUCCACUCAAUGCCUAAUGUGUGGCUUGGUCUCCUGAGCUCGGCGCUCGGCGCUCACACCUUAUGCGUGGAUAUCCAUGAUGCAUUGUCAACUCCGCACAAUGUAGUGACACUAUAAUGCCAGAUAAACUGCUCCCAUUUUAAACCCCCGGUAUAUAACUUCUACAAGCCAAGCCUGCAAAACAACUUUCCUGUGGCUUCAGCCAAGUACAUGUAUGCAUCACUCCAUGCUCUCCUUGAGGAUUUCUAUGAGCACGUGCAACUGCCGAUGUAGAUAAAGCCUUGUCAUCCCAAAAUUCAAGCUUAUAGUAACCGAUUCCCACUAAAUACUGGACAGGUUUAGCUCCCACAGCGUUGGACGACAGCCACACAACCUCCCGCAUCGUUGACUGGCUCAGCUGAGGGCCAGCUGAACUAUCCCCUGCAUGCACCAUGCCUUCAGCUCUCCAUAUUUGGUGUUUUAGGCGCUAUUCUGGCUGUUAUUGCCGGCAUGGUUACGGGCCGACGCGCUCGCCUGGUGAGCCUCACAGCCAUUGUCGCUCUUUGUCCAACAUUGUGUGUCUGGUGCUCAACAUCUCUACACGCCGCUGGUCGUUUGCGCUUUUAACUCGACGAUAGAGGGUGAUAUAUCUCUUCAACUUUCAGUCAACAGCUUUGAUGACCUGCUAGCUUCUUCAACCCCGUUCAAGGUCGGUUUUCCUGCCCGCACAGGUCUAAAUGUGGGCAAGGGCAAGGCGAAUGAACGGACUGCAGAUCCCUUAGUGGCGUAUCUUGGUUUAAUUGGCCUUAGGAAGGAGGCAGUAGAGUUUUGUAACACUUAUCUAGCCACCAGCGGUUAAAGCCCUUCCAGUUAACGGGGUACUUCAGUGGUAUAAUAUACCAGCCCACACCCUCUCCCGGCUACACACCGAUUGUCCAUUGCUUGUAGGAAGAUUGGCAUAUGAUGCGUCAAAAGUUUUCUCUUUCUGCGCUGAUUGCGCUUGUUUUCUUCGCCAGCACAGCUUCCUGUGCCACUGCCAGCUUUACGUCGAUAAUUCCACGAUCAGCUCAUUCAUGCAUCUACUCAUGCGCUUGGUCCAACUAUCAGAGUGACCACGUAGGAGCGGUUCUUGGUUGUGGUCAGCCAUUUGAGAAUGAGUGCUACUGCCCAACUGCCACUGCGUCGGUCAGCAAGGCUGGUAUUGCUCUUCAGAAAUGUGCCUCAUCCCGAUGCGCAUCGGGCGACUACACUCGCGACCUCGCCUCCAUGAAGAGCCUCUACGCAGGCUAUUGCAAAGAUGCCGGUUAUUCGCAAGAUGCAGCAGCCCUUGGAUAUUCUGCUGCUCCUACAAACCCAACUCCGAGUGUUUCUGACGACGGUGCUUCGUCUACUCCCCCCUCUGCAGGGCAAAAGUCCGACUCCGGCUCGCAACCCUCGAAAACCGCAGGCAACGCAGGCGCCUCCACCACUACACUAAAGACACUGAUAACGCAAACAAAGACGGGUGGCGCUGAUGGUUCCAGCACUCAAGUUGUCGUAUUCGAGACGGAGGUAGUCAUUGUCACCACUGGGGACGACAAUACUGCAAGCGGAACAUCAAAUGCAGUCAAAAUUGGUGUCGGUGUUGCUGUCCCAGUCGUUGUCCUUCUGCUGGCUGGACUCGGACUUUUCUUCUGGAGAAAGAAGAAAGCUGCUCGCCGGACGGAUGAAGAUGCUCCUGCAGUUUCGAACGAAGAACAUCGUCAGAAUCCUGCCAUUUUUGAGAAGAACCAUGGUAUCAGCUCGAUUGUGAAGGCGGACAAAGCGGAUGAAUUGCGCAAAGAGGCGGAACUGGAGAGUCGUCGCGAGACACCUACGAAUCGACCACACGAAGUUCCUGGCGGUUAUAAUAGAGCUCAUGAAGUACAAGGCAGUAAGUACAAUAGAGCCAAUGAAAUACAUGGUGGCUACAACGCUGGACUUCACGAGGCUCACGGUCACCAUACGAGACCGGAGCUGCCAGGCUAGAUUUGGUAGUUGACUGAAUGCCAAGUAAUUUUCAAUCGUAAGACCCGUGCGUACGCUGAGGGAUGGAGUGACAUAUCUAGUGCGACAGUUCCCCUGAUCAUAUGUCUGAUCUUGGACGAAUACCGACAGCACUGGAAGGUGUCUGUAACGAAUGGAUGCUUCACAAAUGUUAUUAAAAGGUUCCUUUAUUC